AUGAGCGGACGCGGAAAAGCCGGCAAGGGAAUGGGUAAGCAGGGUACCUCCAUGCGCCAUCGCAAGGUACUCCGCGACAAUAUCCAAGGUAUUACCAAGCCAGCAAUCAGACGUCUUGCCCGGAGAGGUGGCGUGAAGAGAAUUUCUGCUGCCAUCUACGAGGAAGUGAGAGGUGUGCUCCGUGGAUUCCUUGAGACCGUUGUCCAAGACUCGGUCACCUACACUGAACAUGCCAAGAGGAAGACUGUCACUGCCAUGGACGUGGUUUACGCCCUUAAGAGACACGGACGCACCAUUUAUGGUUUCGGUGCUUAA